AUGGCGAGCUUCCGGAUGUGUGACACUCCUGAGCAAACCUCCCCUCCUUUGCAACCCCACACAUCUUUGCGGUUUUCAAAUCAUCAAAUCACUUCUGCCUGUAUUGACGCUACAAUGGGUAAAAAAAGACGCGGUCCCUCUCUGGAGGAGCUCCUUGAUCGCCCGUGGUGCUACUACUGCGAACGUGACUUUGACGACCUGAAGAUCCUCAUCUCUCAUCAGAAAGCAAAACAUUUCAAGUGUGACAACUGCAAUCGCAGACUGAAUACCGCUGGGGGUCUAUCCGUGCACUUGAGCCAGGUCCAUAAGGAGCAAUUGACUCAGGUCCAAAAUGCACUGCCGAACCGCAUGGGCGUCGAUAUCGAAAUCUUCGGCAUGGAGGGUAUUCCCGCGGAUGUCCUUAAGGCCCACCAGCAGCGUGUUGCUUCACAAUUUCAGCAAGCCGAGCUGGAUCGCCAGCAUGCGACAGGCAACCCUCCUACUGGCGCCUCUUCCGGCGGCCAACCGACAAAGAAGCCCAAGCUCGAACCUGUCUCAGAUCUCAAGAAGCGACUGGCUGAACACAAGGCCAGGCGUGCGGAGGCGCUUGCUGGAGGUAGCAGUGGCGAUGUAACACCCGCUAGUGCUGUUCAGUCUACGCCAACACCCGGUGGAUAUGUGCAAUCACCUCCGGUCGCAGCCACUCCACAAUACUCUUACCCUCAGCCUUACGGUGGCCCCCCCGCUGGUGUGACACCUCAUUUCUCGCAGACUGGCAGUCCUGUCUAUUCAACCUACUCCCCAGUUGGUGGACAGCAGGUCCCUGGUGCCUCGCCUUACACCCCGUCCGGAUAUCCCUCACCAUUCCCCGCCGGACUUCCUGCACAGCCACCCGUGUCCUAUGGGGCUCCUCCUUUCCCCCAACAACAACAACAACAACAACAACAACAACAACCUCCACCAUCCGACAACAGAUUUACGGGCCUACCGGCCGCCUCAAAUCUUCCCCAGCGCCCUGCUUUUGCUGUACCUUCGGUCAACGCGCACGAAAUGCAACAGAUGCAUAUGGGACAUGUCCCGUCCCCCACCCCCGCAGCUCCAGGUCACUCUAAUGGAUCCAGCGCUCAACCAACUGAGCAUGUCUCCACACCUGUUGACAAUCAGAUUUCAGGCGCAGCCAAUGACGUGGCUUCGAAGACAGAGGGUAUUAGCAAACCCAAGAAAGAGAAGACCAAGCCUGCGAUCCGAAUGGUCUACAACGAAGAUACGCUCAGUCCGGAGGAGAAGAUGGCACAACUACCUCGAUAUGCAUACGUCCCAGACCGAAGCACGCAAACCGCCCUCGGCGAGCUCCCCGGCAACGCAGUGGUGGGCCGCAUUCAAGAGUCUGACACGGUUCUCGAUACGACACAUUAA